ACUGAAACACCAAUAAACUGUAUUGCUCACACGCCCGCACAUGAAAUGAGGAUAAAAUAAAUCAGCAAAAUGAUAUUUAACCAUUUUGUUCUCUAACAAUUACUUGGAUUAACUUGAGUCUGGAUGUAAUUUUUCCAACAGAACUGAUAAUGAAAAAAUAGCUUUCAGAGAAAACUAAGAAUUGAAGAAAAUACAGUGGAGAUCAAAGUUGGAACAAUUUAUGAACACUUGUUUUUUCUGAAAUAUUGUAAAUCUUCAUUGCUCAAAAUUUGAAGGAAUAUUAGCUGUGGGUAUAUCAAUGUUCUACUAGUAUGUUUUACAAAAUAAUCAUGGCACUUCAAAAAAACCUUUAUUUUAUGGAAAACACAAUGAUUAAAAUUAGAGAACAGUAACCAUUGUAGCAGAAAGGAAGAUUACAACCCGAGCCGGUUCUAGGAUUUCUGCUGUCCUAUGAGAAGUUGUAAACGGCGCUCAGCCACCCCGUUUGUUUUGAGGGGAAUCAUCAAUGCCAGACCGUACAUUGACACCUCAAGACAGGACUGGGGACAGUGAACCAUUUAUACCCUCAAAAUCACAAUUUGAAAAUAUCGAGUUAUAGCAACAUCUGUUUACAAGACUGUCUCCAAAAAAAAAAAAAAAAACACUCUUGAGGGGUGCCAUUUCAGAAAAAGAGCAGGAAUCGGGCUGCAUUAGUAGACUUUAUUUAUUGCUUUUAAUGUUUCUUGAAAGGGCACUUCUAAAAUAUUUUGGAGCAUCCUCAGCCACUUGUCAGGAGACAGGAUGAGCCACCUACCUCCCCCACUACACAGGACUCUGCUCUUCAGGAUGAGCUACCAUCUGUGUCCUCAGCAAGUCAUAUGUCUCCACAAACAUCUAAUAUUGAGGAUGAAGACAUCUUUGCCUCUACUUCUACCCAUCAUAAGCCUGCAGAAAUGCCUGGAGCUGAACCCCCACUCAGCCCCACUGCGGAGGAUGAGCCUCUGUCAACUGACCCUGCUAACUCGCCCUCACCUCUGCCUGACAGGAUUCGGACUGAGCUGGUUCGCAGAGGACCAAGUAGGUUGCCAACUGACUUUGUUUUCCAGAGGAAUGAGAGUGAUGGACGAAGUUGCCAUCACCAAUAUUUUAAAAAGACAUUAGUUAGUGGUACAAAGAUGGCAAGAAGUUGGCUGAUAUAUUCCAUGAAGAACAACAGCCUCUUUUGCUUCUGCUGCAAAUUGUUUUCCAAGAGGAACAUGCAUUUAACAAUUACAGGAAUGGCAAAUUGGAAACAUGCAAGCACUCACCUCACAUCACAUGAAAAUAGUCCAGAACAUCUCAAUUGCAUGAAAGCAUGGAAGGAACUGGCAGUGAGGUUAAGAAGUGGACAAACUAUUGAUAAGCAGGAGGAGGCACUACUUGAGGCUGAGAGGGUGAGAUGGAGAGCAGUGCUGACACGUCUCACUGCUAUUGUACAGUCACUGGCGGUUCGAAAUUUGGCUCUAAGGGGACACACAGAAACACUGUUCACAACAUGAAAUGGGAAUUUUCUCAAAGAGGUCGAACUUAUGGCCAAGUUUGAUCCCAUUAUGAAAGAUCACCUUAACCGUGUCGAAAGAGGAACAGCAAGUCACAACAGCUACCUAGGGCAUCAUGUGUAGAAUGAGCUGAUUGAUUUGUUAAGCAGCAAAAUCAUAUCUGAUAUAGUGGAUGACAUCAAGCAGGCAAAGUUUUUUUCAAUAAUUCUGGACUGCACUCCAGAAAUAAGCCACAUAGAACAGUUGUCAGUGGUCAUUAGAAUGGUGUCACUGAUGGAGAAGCCCCAUAUCAGGGAACAUUUUAUGGGAUUUUUGAAGGCAGAGGAGUCCACAGGGCAGCACUUGGCAUCCAUGAUCCUGACAAGACUUGAGGAGUUGGGAAUUCCUUUUGACGACUGCAGAGGACAAUCAUAUGACAAUGGGUCAAACAUAAAGGGCAAAAAUAAGGGAGUUCAAGCCAGGCUCUUAGGAAAGAAUCCCAGAGCUCUGUUUGUGCCAUGUGGGGCGCAUACAUUAAAUUUAGUUGUGUGUGAUGCUGCUAAGGGAUCUGUGGAUGCUAUGAGCUAUUUUGGUGUACUGCAAAAGCUUUACACAUUAAUUUUCAGCCUCCUCCCAAAGAUGGUCCAUUCUGAAGAACCAUGUGAGCAUCACCUUAAAGAUGUGGGCAGAAACAAGGCGGGAGAGCAAGGUCAAGAGCGUUGAGCCCACGAGGUACCACGGAGCUGCCGUGAGAGAGGCUUUAAUUGAGGUGAGAGACAACACCAAAGACCCUGCUAUAAAGGCUGAGGCCCAGUCUUUGUCUGAGGAGGUGGGGUCGUACCACUUCAGCAUCUGCACGGUUGUUUGGUAUGACAUGCUAUCUGCAAUACAGCAUGUCAGCAAACUCAUGCAGUCUCCAAAUAUGCAUGUCGACCUAGCUGUGAAUCUUUUGAAGAAGACUGAGCAAGGUCUCCAGAGCUACAGGACAAGUGGCUUUGUGACUGCACAGAUGGCGGCCAAAGACAUUUGUGAAGAAAUGAAUGUGGAAGCUGUUUUGAAACAAAAAAGGCCGAGGUCCACAAAGCGCCACUUCUCAUAUGAAUCACAUGAUGAGCCUUUCAGUGAUGCCCUUAGGAAGUUGGAGAUUGGAUUCUUCAAUGUUGUUCUCGAUGCAGCCCUGUCAGCCAUCACGGAGAGAUUUACCACAUUGGAAAAUGUGGAAAACAAAUUUGGGGUUUUGACAAAUUUCCUUAGUCUUGCAGAUGAGGAGCUGGCAGAGCAGUGCAAUGCACUAGGUACCACACUGCACUUCGAAGUGCAUUCUGAUUUGGACAGUAGAGAGCUUUUGCAGGAAAUCAAGAACUUCCCUCACCUGCCAUCAAAAACCAUGAGCCUCCUUGAGCUUAUCACUUUCAUGCAUGAUAAGGAUCUAUCUGAGAUCUACCCCAACUUUUGGACUGCUCUCAGGAUUGCACUUACCCUGCCAGUGACUGUGGCUCAAGCAGAGAGGAGCUUUUCCAAACUGAAGUUAAUCAAGACAUACCUGAGGUCAACCAUGUCUCAGGAAUGGCUCAUUGGCCUUACUUUUCAUAAGCAUUAAUCAUUCAGUAGGGGAGCAUAUCUCAUAUGAUGCCAUUAUUGAUGACUUUGCAUCUAGAAAGGCCAGAUUUUAGUUUCAGUUUGUGUUUUCUGUUCUGCAG